AAAGUCCGAGUUCAUAAUGUUCUAAAACAACAGAAAAGUAAAUCUGUGUCUCAGGCUGAAACCGAGGGAACUAAACAAGAAAGAGAACACCUGGAAAUUCUGGUUGACCAACUGAAAAUCAAAUUACAAGAUACCCAAAAUAAUUUACAGAUCCAUGUAUCCGAACUUCAAACAUUACAGUCUGAACACGAUACUCUGCUAGAAAGGCACAACAAGAUGCUGCAGGAAACUGUGUCCAAAGAGGCAGAACUCCGGGAAAAGUUGUGUUCAGUACAAUCAGAGAACAUGAUGAUGAAGUCUGAACAUGCACAGACUGUGAGUCAAUUGACAUCCCAGAACGAGGCCCUUCGCAACAGCUUCCGAGAUCAAACACGACAUUUGCAGGAAGAGCACAGAAAGACAAUGGAAACUUUGCAGCAGCAGCUCUCCAAGGUGGAAGCUCAGCUUUUCCAGCUUAAGAGUGAACCGACCACAAGAAAACCUCCUUUAUGGCAUGCUGAACUUACCAAAGAAGAAUUGGUUCAAAAGCUCAGUUCCACCACAAAAAGUGCCGAUCAUUUAAAUGGCCUGCUUCGGGAAACGGAAGCAACCAAUGCGAUCCUUAUGGAGCAAAUUAAGGUUUUAGUGGAGAUGGCAGAAAUGGCAUAG